CAGUACAAGAAAUGAACAAUAUCAGUACAGAAUACAUUUUAUGUACACAAUAGAGCAGUAAUAGUACAUGUACUAUAUUACUCACUGAGAGACAGCAGUGACAUCACACUGACUGCAUCCUGUAAGGCAAAGUGCAGUUAUCUGACUCCAUCGUGUGGACAGAUAUCUGAUCAGAAAAGAAACUAAGGUCAAAGCACGCUAAUACACACGGCAGUCAGCAUGAAAGCCCUCCCACUGGGAACAACCCACCAGGAAGCCACUCCUUUGUCUGAGGAAGUAAGAGUAACUCUCUUAUGCCUGGGAGAAGAUGGCUGACAAUCCAGAGCUGUUCGACUGCUCAAUCUGUCUACAGUUACUGGAGGAUCCGGUCACAACUCUCUGUGGACACAACUAUUGUAUGAAAUGCAUUAAUACUUUUUGGGAUCAAACUGAUAGUGGAGACAGAGCGUUCAGCUGCCCUCAGUGCAGGGAGACGUUCUUCCCGAGGCCUGUUCUGAAGAGGAACACACUUCUGGCGGAUCUGUUGGAGCAACACAAGAAGAAAAACUGCCAAAAUGCUGAAGAUGAGGACGCUGCUGCUCCCGGCGACGUGCAGUGCGACGGCUGCACAGGCAACAAACGAAAAGCGUCCAUGUUCUGCCUUGUGUGUUUGGCCUCUUAUUGCGAGACUCAUCUGCAGCCUCACUUUGAGGUGUCACCGUUAAAAAAACACCGUCUGGUUCCGGCUUGUGCUAAGAUCAAAGAAAGCAUCUGUCAGGAGCAUAACAAACUUCUGGAGCUUUACUGCCGCACUGAUCAACAGUUCAUAUGCCUGAUGUGUGGGAUGGAGAAGCACCAGGGCCACGACACUGUGGAAGUGGCGGCGGAAAUGGCAGAGAUGCAGAGACGACUGGACGGGGCUAAACUAGAAAUUUUAGGUAGGAUGCAGGACUCUCAGAGGAAGAUGGCACAGCUGAAGGAAGCUGCAGCCUCUAUUAGAGCUGCUGCCUGGGAGGCCUGCGACGACUUUGAGCAGCUGUGCGAAGCACACAUUCGCGGAUACGUCCGCUCUGUGCAGAGGAAGUUCUCUGAGGUGAGAGAAAAGGUGGGAGACGUGGAGAAGGCCGGCGUGGACUGGACCGACGACUGCGUCAGACAGCUGCAGCGGGAGGCGUCCGCGCUGAGGAGCCGGGAGGACGACCUGGACCAGCUCUCACUAAUAGAUGAUCCCGUUCAGUUUCUGAAGGGCUUGCAGGACCUGGGGCCCCUCCCUGUGUCCCCGGACGCACAUGACAGGCUCAACACCCUCACAGACUUUGUCACCGCACAGAAGGAUAAGCUUAGACUUAUGUGCAACAAGGAAAAACAGGAAUUAUCCAGUCAUUCUGAAAACACUCAGCUGUUAAAAAUCCCAAAACAGCAACAAAUACUCUCAAGGACUUCAUUCAAAGCGAACAAGGCCGAAGUGGAGGUGGAUCCCUGCACUGUAGCGGCGUGUCUUUGCUUGGCCAACAGCAACAGGCAGAUGCUGUGGAGCGAGAGAGACCAGGGUCACCCCGAUCAUCCCGACCGGUUCACCCACUCCUACCAGGCUCUGUGCAAGGAGGGUCUUGACGGAAACCACUACUGGGAGGUGCAAUGGGAUGGGGGCGUCGUUGAGUUGGCCGUGUCCUACAAAAGCAUUAAGAGAAAGGGUUAUGGGAAGGACUGCUGCUUUGGCCACAAUGAUGUGUCCUGGAAAUUAACCUGCUCUCCCUCUGGCUGCACCUUCUGGCACCAUAAUCUUCACAGGGACCAAAUACCUCCAGCCUUUUCCCGCAGAGUAAGAAUACACCUUGAUUGUGAAGCAGGGGGUCUGAGUUUCUACCAUGUUUGUGGUCCCGACAAUAUGAUUCUGCUGCACCGAAUCCAGACCACCUUCACCGAACCGCUCUAUCCUGGAUUCUCUGUUGACUUGGGUGCGACUUUGGAAAUAUGCAACAUUUAGACAAGAGUUAUGAUUCAGCAAUGGUAAACAUUUUAUAUGUGAAUUAAUGGGACCAAUAAACACUAAUCAAAUAUGA